UAGCUGUUUGUGGGUGCGCCGCUGGGAGUGCCGAAGUCCUUUGUGUUCGGGGUCUCCUUCCCGCAUAUUAUUUACGGUUUGAACAAAAUCAUUUGCAGAAACGAGACCCAGGCAAAGAACGCGAUUUUUAAGAUACGCAGUGUUUCGCUACCUGCCUAUUAGAUCUGGGCUGCAAAAAUCCAAAUGACCGGGAAAUGGCAGCAAAUAGUUACAGCAAACCCUCAGCCAUUUCCUGCCAUGCCGUGGUCUUCUGAACUUUGGCAGUUGGGAUCUGAUCUGUGGGGAUGCAUCAUGUGAGAACUGGGCGGAGCUCCUUGUUCCUUACAGCUGUUGACGCUUGAAAUAAUCGAAGCAGGAAGCAGGAGCCGAGAAGCUGGCUUGAAAGUAACAUCAAUGUUACUAAAGUGCUGCCUGAAGAAAAGGAAUCCAGAGAAUUCUUUACAGAGGUCAAGUCAGGCACUAAAAGCAGAUGGAGAGCUGGCAAGGGAUCCCCCACUCUGUCAGCAGUAAUACAACAGAUCUGACCAUUGGCUUUAUUUCUUCAGCAGUUGCUGUUGUCUUAUUUGGAUCAAACUUUGUACCGGUGAAGAAGUUUGACACAGGGGAUGGAAUGUUCUUCCAGUGGAUUCUUUGUGCUGCUAUCUGGAUUGUUUCUUUAAUUGUUAACCUGAUUCAGAACAGCCCAAAGUUUUGGCCUCUUGCUAUGGUUGGGGGCUUUUUAUGGGCUACAGGUAAUAUAACAGUUGUUCCAGUUGUUAAAACCAUUGGGUUAGGCCUUGGCCUUUUAAUCUGGGCUUCUUUUAACUUGCUAACUGGCUGGGCAAGUUCAAGAUUUGGUUGGUUUGGAAUUGACCCAGAAGAAGUCAGAAAACCAGUUCUGAAUUACAUCGGAGCAGCACUUUCAGUACUUAGCUCCAUCAUAUUUCUUUUCAUAAAAAGUGAAGUUCAAAACUCUUCAUCUUCAGAAAGCGCUCCAUUAUUAAGAGAACAGUCUAUCAACACUUCUGAGUACAGAGUCGAAAACAGGAGUGAUGUAUCUUGGGUGGACAACCUUUCUCCAUUGGGAAAGAGAAUGGUAGGCUGCUUUCUGGCUAUGAUAGCUGGGAUAUUCUACGGCUCUAGUUUUAUACCUGUGUUUUACAUCAAGGACCACGGCAGAAGAAAUGGGACUAUAUAUAUAGGAGCCAGUCAAUUUGAUUUAGAUUAUGUAUUUGCUCACUUCAGUGGUAUCUUCCUUACAAGUACCGUCUACUUUCUGAUCUACUGUGCAGCAAUGAAAAAUAACCCUAAGGUUUAUCCUGCAGCUAUAAUACCAGGAUUUAUUUCUGGAACAUUAUGGGCAAUAGCCAAUUGCUGCUGGUUUAUAGCAAACCACUAUCUCAGUGCUGUUGUGAGCUUCCCAAUAAUCACUGCUGCUCCUGGUUUUAUAGCCGCAGUGUGGGGAGUGCUGGUGUUUAAAGAAAUAAAGGGACUGAAAAACUAUCUGCUGCUCUUAACAGCAUUCUGCAUUAUUUUGGCUGGAUCCCUCUCUACAGCUUUUUCUAAAGUAUGAAGAAACAUCUUUUGAUCCAGCAGAUGGCACCACUAGUUAAUACAUGUUGACAUUAGAUCCAUGAACAGCUAGCUAUGUUGAGACUCAAUAUCAACUGGGCUUCCUGAAGUUAAGCAAUAUCAUCUGGGAACUCUUGUUUAUAGUAUUAUUGAUUUUUUAUAUAAGAGAUGUAGAAUAUAUGGAUUAAAUAAAUAAUAUCCUAUGCCAUGUAUAGUUGUGCAGAGAACUCACUGUGGUCCUUUGACUGAAAUAGUUGAUUAAAUAUAAUCAGGGGAUUGUGGUUAGAAUAUAAGGGGAUUGUGGUUAGUACAAAUCCUAAGAAAAAGAAAACAGGAGCAAGUUGAAUAGAAAUAAUAGGAACAGGCCAGUAAUGUGAUUUGUAAUAGAGCAGCUCCAUGGUCUCGCAGGAGACUCCAUACCCCUAUUUUGGUAAAUUAGGACCAAAACUAGAUUUCCUGACCCUGAUGUAAGCAGAUCUUGGUGUAGGAAACCACAGAUCAAAAGAGCUCAAGCUAACAGGAAGAAAAUAAACUUAAUAGAGCAAUGUCAUAAUGAAACCAAUUACCUAAAGGGUUGAUAAGCUUUUGAAACAGAAAGCACAUAAAAAGUAUAGAGAAAAUAUGUUCCCAGACAAAUGAGGUCAGUAAGGUUUUUAAAAUUUGAAUAGACUCACUUGUCAUAGCAAACAGAUGUAGCUUAUACAUAUAAAUAAAUACAAAUUAUAAACUUUAGUACAAUUUAAGGUGCCUAACCAUAUGUGCAGAGAAAACCAUUUCAAAUUAUUAAACAUUAUUUAAAAAUGAGUUUUACUCAUUGCAAAAUGUUCCACAUUUCUGUUUUUCAUAUUUUCUUUAGAUCUUUUUUGUGAAGUGUGUAGCUGCUGCAAUUGCUGUUUCUUUCUUUGUUCUUGAUUACUGUUCAUGUAACGGUAAUAGUAACACUGAAGAAAUAUUAAGCAAGUCUUAAACCAGUGGUUUCAAACAUGUGGCCCUCCAUAUCAUUUUCUGCACUCUGCCACAUUAUCAGGGCUGAGGGUGCUGUCUAGCAAGACUAGGGCACUGAGCACUUCAUGAAGUGAUACCAGGCUUUCUGGGCAAAGUUGCCAGGGAGGCAGGGUUGGUCAGUAGGCUGGGACUGCUUAGCAGGAACCCUGCUGUUGACUAUUUAAAGAUAGUCCAUUUCUGGGCUAUAAACGUAUUGAGUUCUUUGGUUCUUUAUUAGGUAGAAUAGAACUGUUACAGCAAAAUAUCUCUUUUUUAUAAUAUUUUAUGAAAAAUUGGGAGUGAGAAUUUUUUUAUCUCUCAAAUGCCCAUUUUCUCUUUUAUAUAACGUUUAUAUACUUUUUUAAUUAAAAAAAUGUGGUGUGGUUGGGGUAUUAGUUGACACUGUCUCCCUUUUCACUGAUUCAAUUCUAAUUCAAGUCGACUUAAAUUUCCCCUUAUUAAAUCUGACUUGGAUGUUUGGCAAAGUAAAAACUAUUGAUCUCUGAUUUAGACAACAACAUUGGACAAAUUGUUGACAGAACUGAAAGAACAGGGCAACACACAUAAUAAAUAAAAUUAUACUCCUUGCACAUUAUUUAUCCCAUUUCUAAUUCUAGCCCAUCUGCUGUCUUUAAUUAUAUUUCAGACAACUUCUAGGUAACAAAAAUGCCAUCUGCCAUGUCUGUUACCCCACUGAGUUUAUGUAUUAAUGGUCUGAUAAAUAAAGAUCUGACAGUAAUUACUUUUGGCUCAAGCAGGAGCCAUAUCUCAAUGUAAUCUAUUUUUUAGAACCUUUCUAUUACAUUGAUUAAGGUUUAUGUAGUUUGUGACCAAUUCAGUUAUUUCUGGAUGAGACAUAAUUUUGGUGAAUUCAGUUCUGGUUAUAACAAACAUGAUUUUAUGAUUUUCUGACCCUAGAGAUCAGCAAGGACAAUGCCUCCAUGUUAAUUCUUUAACGUUAUUUAAAAUGGAAGCAAGUGGCAUAUAUUGCAUAUGGUCUCCAAACUCCUUUUUUUGUAGUCCCUUAGAGAGAAUACUCUUGAAAUUUUUGACAAAUAUAGUGAGAAAACUAACAAAAAGAUAUAUAAUCUGUAAAAAAAAACAACUUCUAAAAGUAUAAGUAAAUAAAAGCUCAUAC